UGAAAAGAGCGCGUUUUGCGCCAUACGGAAAAAGGAAUAAAAUCGCUUACCGAGGACCAGUUUAAAUAUUGUAAUUAUUACGACUAGUGUCGUUCCUCUUUAACAUCCGGUAAGCUAACUGUCAGUGACAUUUUUUAAACUCAGACAGCCAUUAAAGCGUUAAACGCACUACGCGUUUUAUUCGCGUAGAGGACUUUACUUCCUGCCCCUGGUGUCGUUGUUGCGGAAGUGAAAAGUCUACGUGUGGAAGAAAGGCAAAUGGAUGCUUUGAGCGGUAGUCGGAGCGUAUAAAUGGGACGGAGAGGUGACGACAAGCUGUAAUGUUGCGCCGGGUGCGGCAGUCUCUCCGGCAGGUGCUGUUUCUGAUGGCCCGGAGACCGGAUCUGCUCUGCGGGGCUAUCGUGCUCGGCGUCCUGCUCGUUUUGGCCGUCAAGUUCACGUGCAGUCGUGCUAAGAAUGUGGUGGCAGCAGCUCGGCCUCCGGUGCGUUUCUUUUCUCCUGACGCCCCGGUGGUGGAUCUCUACUUGGGUCAGCUUGACCAGGUGGAGCGUCUCAGGAGUGUGGCCGAGGUGUCCUUUAUUUUCUUCUAUGCACCAUGGUGUGCUCACUCUAUGGCUGCGCGACAGGAAGUGCAGCAGGUCGCUAAGAAGCUGGCCAAACAGGUGCAGUUUGUGGCUGUUAACUGCUGGUGGAGUCAGGGGAAAUGCAGGAGGCAAAACCGCUUCUAUCACUACCCCGUCAUCCAUCUGUUUUAUAGAAGGUUUGGGCCAAUAGAGUAUAGAGGCCCAUUUUUGGCUCCAUACAUAGAAAGUUUUGUACUCAGAGUCAUCACACCACUGACUUACCUCCCAUCAAGAGGUCAUGUUGAAGAGUUCCUCUCCUAUCACGAGCCUCGAGUGGUGGGUUUCUUCCAGUUUAACUCUUCCCCCCAGCCGCCAGGAUACAUCACAUUUCUGUCCUCUGCCCUGCAGGUCCUAAAAAGGGAUUUCCGUGGUGUUGUACGUUUUGGGGUCGUGACCAACAAGCAGGUGGCAGGAGCCAUCUCACUAACAGAGGAUGAAACGGUUUUUCUCCACAGAAGAUUUAACUCCUCUUUGAUUUUUCCCAGGAACGACCUUAACUUUACGUCUGAGGCCAUUUGUAGAUGGGUGUUUGAAAACCGUGAGACGGUCCUCCAGUGGCUGCAGCCCCCGGGAACGAAGUCUCGCCUGUUAGAAGAGGAGCUGACUAAAGGCCCUGCACUGCUGCUGUUUGUGCCGCACGAUCCUCUGGGAUCACAGCCCAGCCCUGCGCUACAGCAGGUUGCAGACAUUGCUGUGCGUUACCACUCCUGUGACAACAGCCACCACUCCAGCUGGGACAAAAGUUUCUCCUUCCACUCACUGUGCUGCCAGUCAGUUGUCCUCCCACAGUCGAGCACAAGCGUGUGUGAGGUGUGCCUCAGCCUUUCGUGGCCAAGCUUCGCCACCUCACCUCUGCACUGCUUGUUCCCUCCCUCGAUCCAGGGAGGAGACAUAUUUCAGACUUAUCUCAGACGCUGCUGCCUCCACCAGCUCCCUUCCCCCGUGUCCAUUAAUAGUGCAACCGCAAUGGGCUGUAGCAAUUUUCUGGACAGCUACAGCCCAUUUAGUCAAUACAGUGCCUGCUGCAGAAAAGUAGAACCUCAGCUCAAUGAAUCACAAGCCAAAGAGGAGUCAGAGAUGCAAAGCGUUCCUCCUUCCUUGAUCCCUCCAUUCUCUGUCCCUCAGCCGGAGGGAGACGGCAUCACCGGGCUCCGUUGUCAAACCAACAGGACACUCAGGUUUUAUGUGCUGGAUGUUGCCCUGAACUGGCCUCUGGCAGUCAGGCUCGGAGCAUCAGGCAACAGAAGUGCUUCUCUUGAGCAAGAAGAUGAUAGGGGCGGUGACGGGUCGUUUGCUGCUAUUGUGAACCUGAAGGAUGAAGUUCAUUAUGUUCUUCAGCACACUCCAGCAGCCACACUAACAGAGUCUCUGGAGGCCUUCAUUAGGAACUUCAGCGCUCCCUACAGCCUCUUGCAGAGACACUUGGUUGGAGAGGAGGACAGGAAGGGAGCUGAAGAGGAGGCGUCGCGUUCAGACGAACACACGCAGUCACCUCCACGCUUCCUCAUCACAGAGUUGACCACUUCCUCCUUCCUGCCCUCCGUCAUGGACCUUCAAAAGGACGUGCUGCUGUUCUACUACACUCAGUGGUGUGGAUUUUGCUCUGUUCUCAACCACAUCAUCAUCCAGCUGGCCCGAUUAUUACAGGGAAAUGGCACCAUCACAGUGGCCAGGGUGAAUGUUGCACGUAAUGACCUCCCCUGGGAGUUCAUGGUGGAUCAUGUUCCCUCUAUUCUUUUCUUUCCCAGAUACAGAAAACACCUUAGUGUGAAGUUUCCUGACAACCUUCCCAUCACAUUACCCAACCUCCUCCGCUUCAUCCUGCAGCACUCUGGCUCUUUGCAUCACGUGCACAAACCGUCUGUUGAGACAGAAGGUCCCGGACACAGUCCUUUCCUUGGGUCAGAGUUUCUGACACUCCAGCGUGAAGUUCAAGCCCUGCAUCACGCCCGGGAGCGUCUCUCCCAACAGCUCGCGCAACUAUGGCGCGACAACCGACGACUGAAAUUUGAGGCCCGCGCCUUAGAGACCGAGAACGCCGAGCUGCAGCGAGAGAGGCGGAGCUUAGAGGAGCAGCACCGGGAGAAAAGCCGGCAGCUCAGUGAGGCAGUGAGGCGGCUGCAGGAGCUGGCAGACGCCUCUGAAAAUCUGCUGAAUGAGAACACACUGCUCAGGGUCCUGCUGAGGGCGCUGACGGACAGGACAGAGGCUAGAGAGCAGGCGGAGGUGGAGAGGAAGGAGACGGAGCAGAAAAGAAGCCAUUUGGCCUCCUGAGCACAAGCCUUAUUUUCUGUGAGAAAAUAAGGCUGACAUGAGGAGAUCCUCUUCAACUGCAAAAGGCAACGCCCAGUAAAUUUUCUCACAAGCAAAAAUAAAGAAAAGAUGACAGUUACCAUCUUCCAAGAAACACUGCUACUCAGUCAGGCAGGAAUAUAAGGAGAGAUGAGUAGGACAGGUGGGAAGGCAGUGAAAGAAAAAACACGCAGCUCUUGUGCUGUGAUCAUAUGAGCUCGUCCAACUCUUUAAAGUUCCGUGCCAACUUUCCAAUUCAGACUUCCCAGCUGUGAUGCUGCGCUUGCAACGAUUUAUCGACUGUUAAUUGUGAAGGAAUAACAAGAGAAUCUGGACACACCCUGCAGCCAAAUGAAGCUUCCUUUAAUUACUGUAAACCAAGUGCAAGAUAGUUUCUUUAUUAGAAAAUAAAAACACCAUGGAUGGGCUGGACUCACCUGUAUCCAAAAGUCAAGGUUAGUACAUUUGAAGAGCAGUGAUAUACUCUGCAGUGUGAGUUUAAGUGAUUCACCCAUGACGCAGUGUUUCGCAUGGAAAACCUCGCUUGGAAAGGGAGGCUACGAUACUCUUAAUGUGAAAAUCCCAGACUUCGUGACAUUUGUCUAUUUAACCUUUGGAGGCAUAAAUGGAAAUUGUAAUCAAACACUGAGGAAGUCUGGACUUGAAAACAAAUAAAGCUCUGAAAGAAGGCCCCGGGCACUUUCCAAGAACUCGCAGGAUGACCUCACCUGCUGUUCUGUGAGCUGAGAGUCACAUGACUAACCUCCUGGAAACGUUCCCCAUUAAUUCCUAAAAUUCAAGCAGCAUUGGCUCACGUUGAUUCAUUAUAGUUCAUGUGACACGUUCAUGUGCUUGAUUUAUUUUCAUACUUGUAGUUCUUGUCUUUUUAAGUUGUGUGUGUGUGUGUGUGUGUGUGUACAUGAUGAACAGAUUGGCUUCCUUAGUGUUUUAUGAAACAUCCAAAUGAUAAAAACAUACUGGUAGGAAUUCCUUUAAAGUACAUACUUUUACACUGAAUAACAACUCUAGCUCUGAAUCUUAAUUCCUAUCUGGCAUUUAUAGUUCAGUGCUGGCUGACUUUUAGGAAUUUAUGAGUAGCUUUCAUCACAUUCUCCGGAAAUCUGUAAAACACAGCUAUGUUUUUCCUCCAUUGUUUACUUUAAAAUGCAUUUGCAGUACUGGUGGUGCAGAAUUUGGCUGCAGGGAGAGGGCUACUAAUAAAACUGAGAAGUAAUUUCAUGCCGAAUACAUGCUCCCCUCGUUUUGUUUGGAGCUAUUAAGUGGACUCGAAACAAUCGGUAAGAUUUUUUUUUUUUUUUUUUUUUUUUUGUGUGUGUUUUUGAGGGGACACAGUUGUUUUGUGAAACUGAUCUAUUUUUACAAGAAUCCUUGAAUCACUAAAUAUUUCUAUGUAACUAUUCAGGUAUUAUUAACAUGCUGCAAUUGUUUACAUGUGAAAUAUUGCACUGGUUUUUACUGAUUAAAACUCUUCUUGUAUUGAUGUGCGUCUUUGUGUUUGAGCACAGUGUUGUGUUGAGAUACAGUUGAUAUACCAGCUUUUACAUGUAAGGACAUGAUAAUAAAUAAAAUAAUGUGGUCCUUUGUAGGACUUAAAA